GGUCGUGUUGUGGUGUGUCGGUACGCGGCGUAUUUGCGUGGAAAGCUAACAUGAACACACUCAUAUUUUUAGUGAUAGCCUUUGGCGCACUUACCAUAACGGUAAAGACGAGUUUGGAAUUUCGUAAUGCCAUUUGCAUUAGCACCGAUCGGUCGUACGUGUAUUUUGAUACUUGCAUUCUAAAAGCGGUUAAUCGCUCGUACAAGUACUUCACGAUGCGUGCGAAAUUUCCCCAAAAGAAAGCAGUUAAUAAUAUUUCGAUGUCGUUUGCCUUGCUGCGUAAAGCAAAUGGAUACAAACCGUUUCUGUACAACUUCACCAUAGACGCCUGCAAAUAUAUGAAGAAGCGUGCCAAUCCGGUUGUACGGUACUUUCACAGCUGGUUCGAGAAGUACUCCACCAUAAAUAGGACUUGCCCAUAUGGUCCACAAGACGAGGUGGUUGAAAAACUGCCCAUCAGUUUUGUCAACCAUGUGGCAACCCAGGUGUUGCCAUUACCAACAGGGGAGUAUGCCUUUCACACCGAUUGGUAUUUCUAUGGCAUUAAAGUGGCUAUCGUGAAGGUCUUUUUUCAAAUUUACUAGAGAGCGCUAACGUAAAUAGUUUGGAAUAAUGAUCAAUCUCACAUAAUCUCAAAGAACUUACAAAUAUAUACAUAUGUACUAAAUGUGACA